GGGGAGUCGGGUGGCGACGCGUCUCAACUCUGAAGCCGCGCGACUCCAAUCCUGCUCUCUCCGUUUUCCCUCCACACACACUGGCCCUCUUCCGCCACGACGAUGGCGGCAUCCUCCCCGGCGGCCACCGCCACGACGACCCCUCCUAUCGCCGGGACGGCGAUCCACCGCGGCCCCGGCGCCGCCCGCCUCCUCUCGGGGUCGCUCUCCCGCCGCUCUCCCCCGGCAUCCACCGCCCAGGCUGUCUCCUCCUCCGCCGCCCCCAAGCCCAGGGGCUUGCUCCUGCCAUGCCGGGCAGCGGAGGGGGCGGCGCCGGCGCGGGCGGAGGCGCCGCUGAAGGUGAUGAUCUCCGGGGCGCCCGCGUCGGGCAAGGGGACGCAGUGCCGCAUGAUUGUCGAGAAGUAUGGUUUGGUUCAUAUAUCAACUGGGGAUCUUCUACGGGCUGAAGUGUCUUCUGGCACAGAUAUAGGCAAGAAAGCAAAAGAAUAUAUGGACAGUGGCAUGCUUGUCCCGGAUCAAGUCGUGACAGAUAUGGUUGUAUCACGACUAUCACAGCCUGACGUGCGAGAAAGAGGGUGGCUUCUUGAUGGGUACCCAAGGAGUUAUGCUCAAGCACAAAGUCUUGAAAGUAUGAAAAUAAGACCAGAUAUAUUCAUUUUACUGGAAGUUCCUGAUGACAAUCUAAUCGAUAGAUGUGUUGGAAGAAGACUGGAUCCUGUGACGGGCAAAAUUUACCAUGUAAAGAACUUCCCCCCAGAGAAUGAGGAGAUAUCUGCCAGGCUUACUACACGCUCUGAUGAUACAUUUGAAAAGGUUAAAUCACGCCUUGAGACUUACAAACAAAAUUCUGAAGCUGUUAUUCCGACAUACUCAGAUUUGCUUAACCAGAUUGAUGGAAAUCGCCCAGUGGAAGUCAUUUUUCAUGAAAUAGAGUCCAUGUUACAGAAGAUAUGUACGAAUGCUUCAGAAAAAAAGUUGGCCAAGACAAACGGAAAACCACCAGACACAACAGCUUCGAAAAAGGAGUGGCGUGGAAUUCCAACGAGAUUAAAUAACAUUCCACACUCCAGAGAGAUCAGGAAAUACUUUUACGAUGAUGUGAUACAAGCUACAAAGCGUGCUAUUGAAGAUAAAAAGACUCGGUUGCAGAUAGAUAUCAAUAUUCCGGAGCUUAACCCUGAAAUGGAUGUUUAUCGUAUAGGAACCCUCAUGGAGCUUGUAAGAGAUUUAUCUCUUACCUUUGCUGAUGACGGAAAGCGUGUCAAGGUCUGUGUUCAAGGCUCCAUGGGGCAAGGCGCAUUUGCUGGUAUUCCACUUCAGCUUGCUGGAACCAGAAAAAUAUUGGAAUUCAUGGACUGGGGUGACUAUGGGGCGAUGGGUGCCUUCAUCAAUAUUGGAGCAGUAGGUGCUAGUGAGGUUGAUAAGGAAGAUGACAUGUUUGUUCUCAUUGCUCCCCAGAAUGCUGUUGGAAACUGCAUAAUUGAUGAUAUGAGAGCUAUGACUGAUGCUGCUGGUGACAGACCUGUGAUUCUUGUAAAUCCUCGCCUGAAGGAUAUGCCUGCAUCAAGUGGCGUAAUGCAAACAAUGGGAAGAGAUGUGAGGCUUCAGUAUGCUGCAUCAUUUGAGACUUGUUAUUCUUUCCGGCUUCUCUUCUAUGCUGGUACAUUUUAUCCUAUCAUGGGCGCUUUAAGGAUGGCUUAUCCAAAUAAAUACGAGAUUUUUCGAAGGGUUGAUGAACCUAAUGGAGAAAAAUAUGAUUUGCUAGCUGAAUUCACCGGGAAUCCAACGGCUGAUGACAUCACCAAUGCCUUUGUAGGACCAAAAAAGAAAAAGGAAAAUGCGCCCUCUGGAUUCUGGGGCUUCUUGAGCGGUAUAUUGUAAGUAAAAUCAGUCCACUAUGCAGACAGAAGUUUUUGCGUGAGAUUUUUUAUUUGCAGGGUCCUAGUCAAUCAGCUUUUCAUCGGUGUAACUAGACAUAAUCUUGUGCAAUCCUGCGACGCUGAAUUAUAUCCUGACGUGUAUUGUCCUAUAUAUAUUCUUUGUGCAUGCAUCAUCCAUCAUUGUUAAUUUUCAA